GCUCGGAAUAAACACGGCAGUAAGACGCCGAAAUGUGCACGCCCGUGAUUUUGAUUUGAUUUGAUAUUGAUAUUGACUGAGAGCGAGUUUCAAACAUACUUAAUACUUGUUGCAUGAAAACAGUACCGACGGCAAACUGAGGUCGUAAUGUACCAAUGUACCAGACGCUAUAAAGAAGAAGACUUUGGAAAAUAUUACAUAUUAUUCAUCUCCGUUGCCAUUCACACUUAACACUCAAACAAUUGAAAUGGAUGCGUAUGCAUUACCAACAUACUUUCCGCUGGCAUAUACCGAAUUACAAUUUUUGGCGUCUAGGCGAGCAGCUGCGGCGGCUGCAGCGGCUUCGAUGCUGCCAAGUUCGCCGUCUAGUAACCAUGUCCUCACAACAGAUGUGAGCAGUUCGGUGCCGGUCGCAGUUCCCGUCUCAGUUCCUGCGUCUCCAAUGCCAUCAGCGGUUUCGGACUCGACACCCGCCGCUACGCUUGCACCGAAUACGAAUGGUAGCGGGGGUAGCCACACAUUACUGAGUAAUGCAGGACAUCACCAUCAUCAUCAUUUCCAUGGUCAUAGUGUCGGAAUGAGCGGUCAAUCGCAGCAACAUGAUUUUCAUCCGGCUUACAGAAUCCCUGGCUACAUGGAACAAUUCUAUUCAAUGCAAAGAAGCAGCCCAACCGCCUCCUAUCACGAUCCUUAUGCUAACUGCUCACCUGCAUUUCACCUGGCCGGUCUGGGAUUGGGCUCUGGAGAGUACUUGAGUGCCCGUGGCAUGGGAUCUCUAAGCGAGCUGCAUCAUGCCGCUGUAGCGGCAGCAGCAGCUGCUGCAGCAGGAUCGUUAGCGAGCACGGAUUUCCACUUCAGUCUGGACGGCAAUGGACGGCUUAACAGUCCCGGCGGCAGGCCGGUUCCGGGAAUGGGAACGGGUCCGGGGGGAGGCAGCAUGCGGGCGAGUAUGAGUCGAAAACGGGCGCUGUCCUCAUCGCCGUACUCGGACUCAUUCGACAUCAAUUCAAUGAUUCGAUUCUCACCCAACUCCUUGGCCACUCUAAUGAAUGGCUCGCGUACGAGCAGCACUGCGAGCGGAUCCUACGGUCAUCUCUCUGCCGGCGCCAUCAGUCCCAUGGCCCAUGCGCACUCCGCCAUGGCGCCGCACUUGCAGCAGUUGCAGGCGCAUUUGUUGCGCGCCAGCGCUGGACUCCUCCAUCCCGCAAUGACGCAACAACAAGCGGCGGCCGCGGCGGCAGCGGCUGCCAGUUAUUCAAUGAGUCAUGCGGCUAGUGCGGCGCUCGGUCUCAGCGAAGUCACAGCCAAUUCAAAGGAACUAACCUUGGGCAGCGCUAGCCAAGCCUCGACCCCAACUUCUACCAUAAUCAGUGCCACUCCAGAUGACGCAGUGCUCAAAGCAAUCGGAUCAGGAACAAAUAAGAACUACGGCGAUGGAAACAACGCAGAUCGAAAUAGUACAGCCAAGAACAACUUGGACAACAAUAGGACGCAUGAACAACCGUCUUCCACAUCUGGGAACGUUGCCCAAGUCGAAGCGGACAGCGCAACGGCGAAUGUCAUAGAGCGGCGACAAAAGAACAAGUCCUUGGGUGGUGGCAACAUUGGUGCUGGACAUCAUCGCGAGCACAUUACACAUGAUCGUGAUGGGCACCAGUUGAACGAAUACGACUGUGCGACAGCGGACACAACGGACAUUAAGGAUGAGCCCGGCGACUUUAUAGAAACGCAUUGCCACUGGCGCAACUGCAGUAUUGAAUUCAUUACACAGGAUGAGCUCGUUAAGCACAUUAACAACGAUCACAUUCAGAGCAAUAAAAAGGCCUUCGUCUGCCGCUGGGAGGAUUGUUCGCGUGGUGAAAAGCCCUUUAAAGCGCAGUACAUGCUGGUUGUACACAUGCGUCGCCACACCGGAGAAAAGCCUCACAAAUGCACCUUUGAAGGAUGCUACAAGGCAUACUCGCGCUUGGAGAACUUGAAAACUCAUCUGCGAUCGCAUACGGGUGAGAAACCGUACACCUGUGAGUAUCCGGGCUGCAGCAAGGCCUUCAGUAAUGCCAGCGAUCGUGCUAAGCAUCAGAAUCGAACUCAUAGCAACGAGAAGCCGUAUAUUUGUAAAGCACCUGGAUGCACCAAACGAUACACAGAUCCUAGUUCACUGCGUAAGCACGUGAAGACCGUCCAUGGAGCUGAGUUUUAUGCAAAUAAGAAGCACAAGGGUCUACCGCUGCAUGAUGCCAACUCGGGGCUGGAUAGGGACAAGUAUAGAGAACGCGAUCGAGAUCGCGAUCGCGAUCGAGAUAGGGACCCCGAUCAGCAUCACAAUCAGCUGCAGGAGCAAAAUAUUGAUUCGAGCCCGUGCAGCGAUGAUCUGCAUUCUGGCAAAGCGAUCAGUGUUUCCAGUCCCAGCAUUAAAUCCGAGUCGGAUGCCAAUUCACCUGGACAACUGGCAUCCCACGGCGGAUCGUCGUCAGUCUCCGAUUGUCUGAUGCAUACAUAUAGGCAAGAUGAUCUGCGUGCUGCCAGCGUUCCAACACUGGAUGAAGUCUGGCCAUAUAACGAGGAUAUAGACGCAGCUGAUCUUCCCAUUGUCUUGCGAGCCAUGGUCAAUAUCGGUAACGGCGGAGGAAAUACCGCCGCUUGUGCCAAUGUUGGCGGUGGUGCUGCCAUGGCUCGUCAGCGUUUUCGCAGUCGUCUGCAGACCAAGGUGUUUAACUCGAGCAACUCAAUGCUGUCCAACAUACCAGAGAGUACUCGAGCUAUUGGCAUAAGUGAAUUAAACCAGCGGAUAACCGAACUCAAAAUGGAACCGGGCACAACAGCUCCCACUCCGAUACCGACUCAGCAACUACCCAUGAUCUCAGGUCAAAAUUCAGCGUCGGCGUCAGCUAAUUUCACGGGAAUACACUUGACUGACCAGGGAUACCCAAAUCCACAUCCACCGACAUCAGCCACAGGAAUAGCGACAGCGUUGCAGCAGCAGGCUCAACUGAGACGAGAUAGCCAGAAUUCAAAUGCCAGCACAUAUUACUGCAGCAUGCAGAGUCGACGAAGCAGUCAGUCUUCACAGCUGUCUUCAAUAUCGACAAUGAGAGCCCGCCCAGUAUAUAAUGCGGUAGCGGGCUCGGCAUUGGGAUCCGCAUCCGCCUCACUAUACGAUCCUAUUUCGCCAGGUUGCUCACGUCGCUCCAGUCAAAUGUCCAAUGGAGUCAUGUCGAAUGCACAAAUCCCAACAAAUAUUAUGAACAGUAAUGCCCAUAUGGAGGUCAACACACCGAGUGCUGGAGUGGGAGUGACAGGAAUUCAGGCUCGAAGCAGCAGUUUGCCCCCACCACCGUCAUCCCAUUUGAUUGCAACACAUUUGCAACGCUUGCAGUCAAGCGAUGCGAGUUCCUAUUACCAACAUCAACAUCCACAUCAACAACCACAUCAACAGCAACACCAACACCAACAUCAUCUCCAAACUGCGGGUCAAAAGAUUGCUCAAAGUGGUGGAAGGUAUUCCAUUCCAAAUGUUUUUCAAUCUCCGCCCAUUAAAAAUUAUUGCACGUAUGAUGCAGAGCCGUCAUUGCAAAAUGUCGCUGCUCAUCCUAGACGACAGUCCGAGCCCAUAUUGGCACAACAGAGAUUGGAGCGAAUGAAUACUCCUUUCCAGAACAUGCGCAACUCUACUAUUAAUAGGGAUCGACCAUGUCCCCCAUCUGUUGCUUCGUCAUGUUCUCCAAAUUCAAAUCCAAAUAAGUUCAAGGAAGGUUCAGACGUAGGUGACACUACUAAUACUAACACAAACACCACAAGUACAACUACUGCACUUGACUAUCAUCCAAAUGAGAAGGUCAAUUUGGACGAGGUCGAGGAGCUUAUUUUACCCGAUGAGAUGUUGCAGUAUCUCAAUUUGGUUAAUUCGGAAAAAUAUCCUGAAAAUGAUUUACAGCAAAACAUGUCACCAAAUACGGGCAUAUCUGGGGCUGCAUCCGUACCGAGACCCAACAGCCCAUCCCCAGCUAUGGGACUCAUGACACCACAAUCGGGACAUACAAUGUCCGCACUUGGUAGUCCAUACUCUCAGCGGAAUUACGAAUUUUGCGGAAUAUCCCAUUCCCAUCGGCAUACAGUUACCUGCAACCACAGAUCUAAUAAUGAGUCGCAAACUCGAGAUCUCUAUGUUCCGGCCUCGGUACCACCCCCGACCAGUUAUGAACCACAUCAUAUAAUCGAUUCGUCCAUGACAAGUAUUCCUGAACUGCCUCCAGCUUCAGCCACUGGGCAAAUUACCUUGGAAUCGGAUCAAGAUGUAAAUAGUGGAAACGAGAUACAAUGCAGGGUCGUAAGCCAAUCCCAGCUGUCACCGACAACCACGAAUAUCAAUGGAAAUUACCUCACACAAAUGCCUAAGCCACCUAAUCAGAGUUCGAAUCCAAUGGGAGAAACAAUGGGUGAUCCAAAAUUACUUUCACAUCAGCAGAGUUCUUCAAAUAUGAAUACGAGUAUGCAAUCAAUGCAUUCGGACACCUAUCAGCGCACUUUAGAAUAUGUUCAAAGUUGUCAAAAUUGGAUGGAGACCAACAGUAAUACAAAUGCAACAGUUUGCAGUCUUCAGGUGGGUAGUAUUCUCAAUAAUACCCCGGGACAACACAAUAACAAUCUUCUUUGGCCGGAUGUAAGCAGCUCGACACAUCCGCAUCCCAGCACAAACAUGAUAAUUAACGAUAUGACAACAUCCUUAAGCUCACUUUUGGAAGAAAAUAGAUACCUGCAGAUGAUGCAAUAGAUUAAAACCCGCUCAACAAAGAAAUACAAUCAAUACAAACUUAUCACAAGCUCUUCCCCGCUUUAUUUACCAUUUAAAAUCAAACUAAUUUUUACUAAAUUUAAUAUAUGCAUACAUCCAUUCAAGUCGAUGUAUGUUCAUGUAUUCAAUAAUCAUCCUAAUGUUGUUAAAACCAAAUAUAUGAUAUUCUUUAAACUGA